AUGAAUCCUCUACUUGACAAUUUUAGCCAAGAAUAUAAAAAUUUGAAGUCAUUUAAAUAACUGAUCAAAUUAGAAAGCAAGGCUUUGAAAUAGUUUCUAAGUGAAACAAUCUAAUUAUCGAUUAAAUACAAUUCUUCAUUAUUUGAUGGAAUUCAUUAUUCUCUGUCUAAAUUUUAAUCUGAUCUUUAAAAUCAGUAUAUUCUAAUGAAAUAACUCGAGAAAUAAUUCUAGAAAAUCAAACAGGAUGUAUAUUCUAAUUAUAUUAAUAAAAAGGCGCAAACUUGCUUUAAAAAUUUACUUACAUAUGAAAACUAAGAAUUUGACUAGAUUGAUAUAGACAACAACAAUGAUAUUCCAAAGAAAUAGAAUUACUCAUUGAUUCUAAUAGAUGAUAUUAUAAAAAAGGAGAAAUGCUUGAGAAAAAGGACAAGCUAAAUGAUAUAGAUAUUCACAGGAAAGCAUAAUUUUGAAUUGUUUAAUUACUAGAAGUCGAAUAACCAAGAAAAUACUUUAUUUUCAGAAGAAAUGAAUAUCUGUGUGGGUACAAAUUCUGAGGAUACCAUUUUAUCCAAUAUAAUUGAAUCAAUUGUUUUGGAUGAAAAUGAAUCAAUUUUAGUUGGUUGUUCUAGUUUUGAAAAAUAGCUAUUGAAUGAUGGGUAAUUUCAUAAGAUCUAGUGUGAACCAAAGAAAUAGUUUUGA